CCUCAGAGAAGCACAUGGUCUCUACUCAUGAGGCAACACUUCUCGUCAGUAACUGCUUGGGAAUUAAAUGUUAUUCUAGUGGGCGAUUAAGACUGAAGCGGCUUGUGUCUCUGUUAAUGUUGUCCUGUUUUGCCAACAUUUCAAUCCCCCCACCAUUUUCUAUUAAUUUUCGCCAGGAGGAUUCUCUUCCUCUGGAUAAUCUCGUUGAAUGAGCAAAGACGCGCCGAGUUGAACCAGCUGUUAUUAGGACUCCCUGACGCGCCGCUUGCUAGCGCACUUGAUCAUAUUUCAGGAAGUCCCUUUCUUUUUAUUUCGGGGAGGGUGGGCCGGCUCUUGAAGAUCAGCUGUUGCCGGACUUGUGGCUGUAUGAUGGUUGAGCUGCAUUAGAGACGCUUCAGCAUCAUGAGCAUCCAGAGCAAGAGGAGUCUGAAGUUUAUUCUGACAGCACUUCAGACUUUGACUGUCUGCUGGUUGAUGUGUGACAAGGUUCACUCUGCCGAAGGGAAUCUUUUGGGUGUGGUUGUUGAAACAGAAUCGACAACAAAGUCGAAACAUUCUGAGACAACGGUGCCUCUUCAACUCGUUGGACAAGAAUGGAAACCAGUCAGCAAGCUCACAUCACAGAGUCACCCUGUGUCGCUGAAGCUCUCGGUGGUGGUGGAAGGAGAGCAGCUGGUCCUGGCUCUGGAGAAAAACGAGGGGCUGUUUGCUGGUAACUAUAUGGAAACCCAUUACCUGGAAGACGGCAGUGCAGUCACAGGCCCUCCCAACUUCACGGCAAACUGCUACUACCAUGGAAAGGUGGAGGGCCACAUGGAGUCAGAUGUCAGUCUCAGUACUUGUGCUGGGAUUAGAGGCUUCAUAUAUCUUGGAGGCAGAUCCUACAUGCUGGAACCAUGUGCUAACUGCUCUGACGGGAUUCACUGGAUCUACUCAGCAGAACACCUAAGCUUUGUUCCUGGCACCUGUGGUCAUGGUUUUAACGUUUCCCACCCGGUUCUGCAUACAGACAGCAGUCCAUUCAAGGCAUUCAGCACAAGACAUAAACGGCACCUCCAGACAACAACCAAAUACGUGGAGCUCAUCAUUGUUGCUGACAACAGAGAGUUUCAGAAACAAGGCAAAGACAUUGACAAGGUCAAACAGCGGCUGGCUGAGAUCGCCAAUUACGUGGACAAGUUCUACAGAGCUUUGAAUAUCCGAGUUGCACUGGUUGGACUGGAGGUAUGGAGUGACGUGGACAAGUGUCCCAUUACACAGGACCCCUUCACUACUCUGCAUGAGUUUCUGGAUUGGAGGAAGGUCAAAUUACUGCCUCAGAAGCCUCAUGAUAACGCCCAGCUAAUCAGUGGGGUGUAUUUCCAGGGCACUACUAUCGGUAUGGCACCCAUCAUGAGCAUGUGCACGGCAGAGCAGUCAGGAGGAAUUGUCAUGGAUCAUUCGGACAAUCCUCUGGGUGCUGCAGUCACUUUGGCCCAUGAACUUGGACACAACUUUGGAAUGAAUCACGACACACCAGAAAGGGGAUGUGGAUGCAGAGUGACAGUGGAUCGUGGUGGCUGCAUUAUGACUCCUUCCACUGGGUAUCCAUUCCCAACCGUGUUCAGCAGUUGCAGCAAGAAGGACCUGAUGGCAAGUUUUGAGAAGGGAGUGGGGAUGUGCCUGUUCAACAUGCCGGAGCUCAAAGUGCUCUACGGUGGGCAGAAAUGCGGCAAUGGCUACGUGGAGGAGGGAGAGGAGUGCGACUGCGGGGAGGUGGAGGAAUGCAUGAAUCCCUGCUGCAAUGCUACUACCUGCACUCUGAAAGGCGAUGCUGUCUGUGCACAUGGGCACUGUUGCCAGGACUGUCAGCUGAAGCCAGCAGGAACUCCGUGCCGUGAACCCAGUAACUCCUGUGAUCUGCCUGAGUUCUGCACAGGCGGCAGUCCCCACUGCCCUGCCAACGUCUACCUGCACGACGGCCACUCCUGCCUCAACGUUGAUGGCUACUGUUACAACGGCAUUUGCCAGACCCAUGAGCAGCAGUGUAUCACGCUGUGGGGCCAAGGAGCCAAGCCAGCUCCAGGGAUCUGCUUUGAAAGGGUCAACUCAGCAGGGGACCCGUAUGGAAACUGUGGCAAGGAUUCAAAGGGCUCCUUUGCAAAAUGUGAAGCACGCGAUGCAAAAUGUGGAAAAAUCCAGUGUCAAGGGGGAGCAAACCGGCCAGUUAUCGGCACAAACGCUGUUUCCAUCGAAACAAAUAUACCCCUGCAGGAAGGUGGAAGGAUAUUGUGCCGAGGUACGCACGUCUAUUUGGGUGAUGACAUGCCUGAUCCAGGCCUGGUCCUAACGGGGACGAAGUGCGGAGACGGAAUGAUGUGUCUGAAUCGUCGGUGCCAGAACGUCAGCGUUUUUAGUGUGCAUGAGUGUGCAGCCAAGUGCAGCGGUCGAGGGGUGUGCAAUAGCAACAAAAACUGUCACUGUGAGGCUCACUGGGCUCCUCCCUUCUGUGACAAAGCAGGUUUUGGAGGAAGUGUGGACAGCGGCCCCAUCAGGCUGGCAGACAGCAGGAAUCUGGCUGUAGGUAUCCUGGUGGCUCUCCUCACCGUGCUGGUAGCAGCUCUGAUCAUCUGCGUCAAGAGGAAAACCCUGAUUGGCCUCUUGUUCACCAGCAAAAAGGAUCAAAUGGAGAAGCUCAGCAGAUCAGAAAGCGCUCCAGUCAACGGACCAUCGGCUCCAAAGCAGCACCCUUCUUCUCCAACCCGACCAGCCCCACCUCUACCCCACAGUGCCACUAUCUUCAAGUCUCCUCAGCGGGCGACAGAUGCAGCGCCCCCGUCGGCUCCCUACCCGUCCCACAGUCUGCACAGACUUCCCCAGUGCCCUCCAAUUCACCUCAGCCACCCGGUCCCUCUGUCUCUCACGUUGUCCCUCACCCCUGGGCCCAGGCAGCCGAGGCCCCCAGCGCCUCCGCCCCACCGGGCCCCUCUGCCUCACACCCACAUGGCACCAAGGGGGACGUCGUUUCGCAGCGUGUCACACCAUAACUCCUGCAGGAUGGUCAUGGAGCUCGAGAAGCCUAGCCCUCCUCAGAAACCUCUGCCUGCUGACCCAAGGACCUCCCGGCUGGUGCGGAAUCCAUCUGGUGUUCAGAGCAGCACUUUGGUCCGAGGGUCCUCUGCAGUGUGUGGCCCUGCAGCGGCUCCUGGUGCCUCCAGACCUGCACGCCCUGUACCACACCCCAACAAGCCAAGUCCCAAGCAUCCUCCGACGCUACCAAAGCCUUGCAUCAUUGCCAACGUCAGAUACAGCAGCUGAGACUUUGGCCAGAGGGGACAGUUUUUUUUGUAACAGAAACAAAUUUAAAAAACAAAAUUGCACUAUGAAAACUCUUGAGAAUCCCACACAAAAAAAAUGACAGAGGCACCUCUGAGUUGUGAACCAUGAGAUUUGCUGUGUCCCUUUUAAUGCUCUGCCUCUGAAUGGUGCUACAAGUCUGCGCUCAGGUAGAUGUAAAGUAUUUAUAAUUGCGUAUUUAUUGCCACCCAGUGCACUGUGCCAGACACUUUUACUACACAGUAACAACUUUGGCUCUUUUUUAUCUCACAUUUUUUUAAUAUUUACACUGAUGUAUUUUGAAGGAGGAAAAAGAGUAUGAAAAACAUUUCUGUGAAUCAUUUAGAUGUGCAGUGGUUUUAAAAUGUUUCAUAACCUUUUAGGUUUUUCCUAUUUUAUCACUGAAAGUUCAGUUUAAUGAUAUGUUAUAUCAAUGACCAAACCAAAGUCCUGUACCAUUGUGAAGUAGAAGUAAAAUUAUGCAUUUUAGUUUACCACAAACCAUGAAGGGGACCCAGCGAACGUGUGGAAGAAGAUCAGAUGAUGAAGAAAUUGAACUCUUUGGCCUUCAUACAAGAUCUGUGGAGAAAAUUAGAAUGACCCAGUCAAAGUAAAGACCAGAAUCCAACUGAGAAUCUAUUUUCACAGAUGUCCUCCAUCCAGUCUGCCUGAGCUUAAGUUAAUUUGCAUAGAAGAAUUGGCAGAAAGUCUUGAGAUGUGCAAACCUGGUGGAGCAGCGACUCAAAAUACAUGUAGGUGUAAAUAGAGCAAAAGAAGAUUCAACUCCAGGGGGCCUGGAAGCAAGUGCAUUCAGCUUUUUCUUGUCAAAUAUUUUGAAAAACAUGCUUUAUUUUUCUUCCAUGUCACAAUUAUGCAUUGCUUUGUGUUCAACUAUCAUAAAAAAAAUAUCAAUUAAAUUUAUAAAAGUAUAUGGUCAUAGAUAAGUGAAAGACUUUGGAUGGCUAUUGUACUGUGACAAAAUGUGAAAAACCUAAAGGAUUAUGACUUUUUUAUUUACAAGGCACUGUGGAUGUCUUUCUGUAAAAAGUUUAAAAAAGGGAACUCUUGACGUUAUCGUUUUGUUCUCUAAACUACAUGUGGAGCUUAAAAUGAGUAUUUUGCAAUGACUGAUGAUGCCUGUAAGGUUUCUUGAAGAGGAAUGCUCUGUGUAGCAUCUUGAGCCAAUCUGGAAAGCCUUGAAACAACCACAGAAACUCAGACAGUGGUGUUACAACCUCAGCUCUGCAGCACGCUCUACAAUCAGGGGGUUUUGUGUUGGGCUCCUUUUUCUUCAUCUGCAUCACAAAAAGUUAAGUAAAGCCAGAACCGAACUCUGAUCUAAACGAGUUGAAAUCAAGAACCUGUGAAACAUGGUGUCUGCGUGGGUGUGCGCGCGUGUGUAUGUGUUUUUUUGUAAGAGUUUGACUCUAUGCCUUUCUGCACAAAAGACUCCGAUUUAGCCAUGGAAUCAUUAAAUACUCUGCUCACAUGUAAACAGCAGCUGUUCAGCUGCAGCUUUCAUGAAAAUGCUAUUUUUACUUCUGUUGUAUGGCAGUUUCACUUUAAUAGUUCAAGUGUCCAGUGAGCCAUCUUUAAUCCAUAGCAUCCAUAAAUAAAGAUGAGGCUGUUUGUUUUUUUAUGUUUUGCUUUUUUACUUUGGCUUUAUUUAGAAAAUCAAUUUACAUGUUGUUUUAUCACCCUUGAUGAAGAAACUGUUUACUUGACUUCAGUUCAGUAUGUAUCUACAUGCACACUGAAAAUACUUUGCAUGCAUAUUAUUUUUAGUUUCAGUUAUUUUUUACUCUGCAUUCACUUGCCUUUUCUCUGUGCUCAUGUACAACGUACGUUAUGUAUGUUUGUUUGUUGUAUUACAGGUGAACACAUUUUCACAUGUUUUUUUUUUUUUUACUAAUGACUGUUUGAUACUUUACAUGUAAAGAAACCCUGAAGUGUCAAUCACCAAGUUCAACCACACAGCCAGCAUUAGUAAAGCAGUUUUAAUAAAGAGGACAGUUUCUGGGUUUUCGUGUGCCUGUUCACAUUAGGACUGGAGUCAUAAGAAUGUUAAGAGCAUAAAGCCGGGUUCAUACACAGUCUGGAAAGUCUGGAAUUUGAUUCCAGUAUAGUCCUGAUCAGAAUAAGUGUGGUAAAAUACAAGCUUAUUGCCUAUUC